AUGGCCUCAGACAAGUUCAAUCUGCCGCCUGGGACCGAGAAGGGAAAGAUGGAGUCAGAGGGCCCGAUCAUGCAGGCGCAGCCCAUUCACCCAGUCGACAACUAUGAUGUCGACUACGAAAAGCACGGCGCUGGCCGCGAGUCCAACCCGCUGCCCGAUCUCAAGCGCAACCUCAAGAGCCGACACUUGCAGAUGAUCGCCAUUGGUGGUACCAUCGGCACAGGUCUGUUCAUCGGUAGUGGCAAGGCCGUCGCCCACGCCGGCCCCGUCGGCGCCCUCAUCGCAUAUAUCUUCGUCGGCACCAUCGUUUACUCGGUCAUGACGUCUUUGGGCGAAAUCGCGACCUACAUCCCCAUUCCCGGUGCCUUCACCUCGUACGCCGCGCGUUUGAUCGACCCCAGCCUGGGAUUUGCCAUGGGCUGGAUCUAUUGGUUCUCGUGGGCGUCCACGUUUGCGCUGGAACUCACGGCCACCGGGAUGAUCAUUCAGUUCUGGGACAGCUCGAUCCCCAUCGCUAUCUUCAUCGCUAUUUUCUGGGUCAUGAUCAUCAUCUUUAACAUGAUGCCCGUCGGGUUUUAUGGCGAAAUGGAGUUCUGGUUCUCGACGAUCAAGGUGCUUACCGUCAUCGGCUUUAUGAUCUUCGCCAUCUGUAUGGAUGCCGGCGUGGGCAAGGAGGGGUAUCUCGGUUUCCGAUACUGGGUGCACCCGGGCCCCUUUGUACCCUAUCUGGUGGAAAACAACGACUCGCUGGCAAAGUUUGUUGGCUUCUGGUCCGUCCUGAUCCAGGCCGGCUUUGCCUACCAAGGCACAGAACUAGUCGGUAUCGCCGCCGGCGAGACUGAGAACCCCCGCAAGACCGUUCCUGCGGCGAUCCGCAAGACCUUCUAUCGUAUCGUUUUCUUCUUCGUCCUAACCAUUUUCUUUAUCGGCAUUGUGGUCCCAUCGAACGAUGACCGCUUGCUGGCGAGUGAGGGCAGCGGUUCCGACGCGAACAACGGAAAUGCCUCGCCCUUCGUGAUCGCAGCCCGUCGUGCCGGAGUCAACGUGCUUCCCUCGAUUAUCAAUGCCGUCCUUCUGACCGUGGUGCUUUCAGCGGCCAACUCGAACGUCUAUAGUGGCAGUCGUAUCGUGGUCGGCCUGGCCCAGGAAGGAUUCGCGCCCCGGAUCUUUAAGCGGACCACUAAGGGCGGUGUGCCGUACCUGGCAGUCGGGUUCACCGCGCUGUUCGGCCUGCUCGGUUUCCUGAACGUAUCCAACGCCGGCUCGACCGUGUUCAACUGGUUGAUGCAGAUUUCUGGUGUGGCCGGAUUCAUCACCUGGUGCUCGCUGAACGCAUGCCAUCUUGCGUUCCAGCGCGCGCUCAAAGCCCGCAAUAUCUCCCGUGAUGUGCUGCCGUACAAGGCGAUGUGGCAGCCGUGGUUCUCGUGGUACGGCCUGUUCUUCAACAUUCUGAUCAUUUUGACCCAGGGCUUCGACUGCUUCAUCGGGGGCUUUGACGUGCAGAACUUCUUCAUCUACUAUCUGAGUCUGAUCUUGUUUGUGGUGCUUUAUAUCGGGCACAAGGUCAUUUUCCGCCCCGCGUUCGUGAAGCCGCUCGAGGCCGAUCUCGACACGGGCCGAACCACCGCCGACAAUGAGAUCUGGGAGACGAACGAGCCGACCACUUGGUACGGUAAGCUGUGGCAGGCGAUUGCCGGUUGA